UCCAACCUGUUCAUGAAUUCCAAAGAACAGACAGUAUCGCACGAGACAAACCCUGUCGCAUCACAAUGAUGACUGACACAAGCAUUUCACCUCCAGAAUUUUCCGUCUUAGUUGUGGGCUGCGGUCUUAGUGGCCUUGCUUCUGCGCUGGCGCUUGCUCAAGCCGGUCACCGUGUGACAGUGUUUGAGCGUUGUGCCAAACUCCAAGAGAUUGGUGCCGGCAUACAACUGUCCCCCAAUGCCACGCGUCUGUUGCAGCACUGGGGCGUCUUGGAAGAGGUGCUUAAAUAUGCUGACCGACCAGAGGCCGGGACUUUCCGUUCCUAUCGGGGAGACGUGCUCUCGCAUUCGCCGCCCGUGACUCAUCCCAAAUUGGUUUGCGAAGCUCCUUACGUCGUCAUUCAUCGCGCGGACCUCCUGAAAGCGUUGCUCUCCGGAAUCGAGAGGCGUGGAGUAGAAGUAGAAAUCAAACUGGGCAGCAGCGUCAGCGAGAUCGACUUCAACAAGCCCUCCCUGCGCCUCUCCACUGGCGAGGUCUACGAAGCGGACCUCAUCUUGGGUGCCGACGGGCAAAGAUCCUACUGCAGAAGUGGCAUGCUCGGUCGUGAAGAUCCUCCCUUCAGCCCUGGCGACGUCGUUUACAGGGUCUCCGUCCCUAUGAAGGACGUGAACGAAAACCAUCCAGCCUGGGACCUGAAAGAACAAUCCAGCGUCAAUUUCUGGAUGGGUCAGGGCGGACAUGUGGUCUCGUACCUGAUCCAACACGACAUGCUCAACUUGGUUCUGAUAUACGCCGAGGGUGAGACCUGCGAGGCCAUGUACGGGCCGCAGCGAGCAGACAUGGAAGAGUUCAGGAGUAAAAUCUCGGGCUGGGACCCGAUUCUUCAUCGGCUUCUCGACGUGGAAGGAUCUGUUUGCACCAAGUGGACUCUGUUCCAGAUCCAAGAACUGAACCAAUGGCGCCAUGAGAGCGGACGGUUUACGUUGAUUGGCGAUGCCGCCCACGCGAUACUGCCAUGCCUCGCCCAGGGUGCUGCACAAGCCUUCGAGGAUGCCGGAGUCCUCGGAGCGAUAUUUAGCCAGCCGUUGAGGCCUGAUCAAAUCCCGGAUGCCCUUAGGGUGUUCGAGGAGGUGCGCAGGCCGCGAGCGUCGCAUGUCAGACGUCGCACAUUAGACCAGAAGGCCAUGUUUGCUCUUGCAGAUGGACCAGAACAGGAAGAACGUGAUAAAAAACUUCGUUCGGGUGCCGAUUAUAGGCUGUUUGAGCGGCUUUGGGAUUAUAAUGCCGUUCAAGAUGGGCAAGAGGCCUGGAAAAGGUUUCUAACCGCCCAGACACAUUCAGAACGGAGUGUAGAUGUAUGCACAAGGGGGGGUGCUUGAAGAAUAAAGGAUAAGGACCGAUUAAUCCCCAUUCGUUAUAUAGAGUUGAACACAACAUAACCCAUGAAUCUAUCUAAG